UCUUUCCUGUCAGUCGGUGGCCAGAGUGCCACCGUGGAGGGAGCUGGACCCGCGCGCUCCUUGUCUCCCCUCAGGCUGCCUCUCUUCCCCUUUUUAUCUCCCAGGGAAGAGGAAAGAGAGGGGGGAGCAGCCCCGCCGCCCCGCCAUGGCGUUCACCUUCGCCGCCUUCUGCUACAUGCUCACCCUGGUCCUCUGCGCCUCCCUCAUCUUCUUCGUCAUCUGGCAUAUAAUCGCCUUUGACGAAUUGCACAUGGACUUCAAGAACCCCAUUGACCAGGGCAACCCAGCCAGGGCCAGAGAGAGGUUGAAAAACAUUGAGCGCAUCUGCUGCCUCUUGAGAAAGCUGGUGGUCCCUGAAUACUCCAUCCAUGGCCUUUUCUGCCUCAUGUUUCUCUGUGCCGCCGAAUGGGUGACCCUGGGGCUCAACAUCCCGUUGCUUUUCUACCAUUUGUGGAGGUAUUUCCACCGCCCGGCGGACGGAUCGGAGGUCAUGUAUGACGCCGUCUCCAUCAUGAACGCCGACAUCUUGAACUACUGCCAGAAGGAGUCGUGGUGCAAACUGGCCUUUUACCUGUUGUCGUUCUUCUAUUACCUGUACAGUAUGGUCUACACGUUGGUGAGUUUCUAACGGGGCCUUCUUCUUCUUCGGAUGGACGGACGGACGGCCCUUUCCCGGCUCCUCCUGGGGGUCUUCUUCCGCCCCAUGGGACUCACGGCCAGGCUCCUGCACAGACUUUGCCCGGGAGGGGCCGGACUUGCCCCUUCGCGAAGGCGGCCACGUGUGGGCCGUUCCCUUCCUGGCUGCCUUGGACACCCUACUUUGCUGCCUCAGAGCCACGGCUCCGUCUUUCUUUCCGGACGCCCCACGUCAUGUCCUGGGGGGACACCAGGGCCUCUCUUUCUCUCUGUAUGUGUGUAAAGCCAAACUAAGUCGUUUUGAACUCUCGCGGUGGACAUUUGCAAGGCCAGGGACCUUUGGGUCUUUUUUCUAGGGAAUCCCAACCUGGGGGGGUUUCGUGGCUCCUUGGCCGACCGUGGUCUUCAGGCCCCCCUUUUGUAAGUAUAUGAAUCAUAACUUGUCUUAACGGAUUCGUCGGCAACGGAAACAAACAAAGGAGAGCCAUAAGAAAAACAAAACGUGGUUGUGCGUGGGGGGCCGGCGGGAGGGAGGGAGGCACGCGGGGACCACCGUCCACGUCCUGUCGUUCCUUCCGCUCUCAAAUAAUAAUUCUACAGGGAGUCGCUCUUC